AUAUCAAAAAAAUGCUUGCAGUCAUUUUAUUGCUAAUUAUAUCUACGAGUUGUGCUUUCGCACAACCAAUAGACCAGGAUCUUUUCGAUGAUCUUCACCCUGAUGUUGGGUUAAACGUCGUUGAGUUGAUCCAAAGAUAUAAAUACCCCGUUGAAAGCCAUGGUAACAUCAAAACCGAAGAUGGUUACCUUUUAGAAAUGCAAAGAAUUCCUUACGGAUUAAAAUCAGGACCAGCUGAAAAUAAACCUGUUGUGUUUUUAAUGCACGGCAUCAUUUGUAGCGCCGCUGAUUGGGUUAACAUGGGCCCAGAAAAAAGUUUAGCAUUCUUAUUAGCCGAUUUGGGUUAUGACGUUUGGAUGGGUAACGCUCGAGGAACAACUUGGUCGAGAAAACACAUUUCUUUAGACCCUGUAGAAGACAAAGCUGAUUUUUGGGAAUUUUCUUGGAACGAAAUUGGGGAAUAUGAUUUACCAGCGAUGAUCGAUUACGUUUUGAGUUACACAAGACAAGAAAAUCUUUAUUAUAUAGGACACUCUCAAGGAACAACGAGUUUUUAUGUAAUGUGUUCGGAAAAACCAGCUUAUAACAACAAAAUUCGCGUAAUGGUCGCUUUAGCACCAAUCGCUUAUAUGGAAAACAUGGAAAAUCCUUUAUUAAGAUUUUUGGCGGCUUUCGAUGAUACUUUAGAGUUUCUCGCAAAAUUGAUUGGGAUCCACGAAUUUUUACCAAACACCGAAUUUUUGGGAUCGAUUGGAAAAGUUUUUUGUAAAGACGGUGCGAUUUUCCAAGAAGUUUGUGCCGGAGUCAUCUUUUUAAUCGGCGGAUUUGACUCAGAACAAUUAAACCGAACCAUGAUUCCGGUUAUUAUGACGAAUACCCCAGCGGGAGCCGCAACGCGACAAUUCCUUCAUUAUGCCCAAGAAAUAAAUUCUGGGGAAUUUAGAAAAUACGAUUUCGGUUUGAUUCAAAAUUUAAUUAAAUAUGGUUCAGUUUCACCUCCAUCUUAUAAUAUAGAUAAGAUUACAGCGAAAGUUGCGUUGUUUUAUGCCAAAAAUGAUUGGUUAGCUGCUACUGUUGAUGUGGAUAAAUUUGCAAAACAACUCCCCAAUAUGGUUUAUCAAUAUUUGAUUCCUUUCGACAAGUUUAAUCAUCUCGAUUUCUUGUGGGCCAUCGACGUGAUUCCUUUGGCGUAUAAUUACGUUUUUGAUUUAUUGAGACAAUAUUAAACCGAAAUAAAUUUGUUUUUCAAUCAAGAUGUACUUGUAUUAAUUUCAGAUUAUAUU